AUGGCUGAGGCAAAGGCUCGAAAUAGUAAUGGUGGAUCAGGAAACAGACGUAAAGGACCUGUUUUGAGGCGUGCCAUGGCAACACAAACGCAAGAUGAAGCAAUGAAGGGGUCUUCACCUGCAACACCAUGUGGGGCUUGCAAAUUCUUGAGGAGGAAGUGCAUUGGAGGGUGCAUCUUUGCACCCCACUUUGGCACAGACCAAGGGGCAGCCAAAUUUGCAGCUGUGCACAAGGUUUUUGGCGCUAGCAAUGUGUCAAAGCUCUUGUCUAACAUUCCAUCCAACCGCCGCCAUGAAGCAGCAACAACCAUAUCCUAUGAGGCUCAAGCCAGGCUCUCCGAUCCGGUUUAUGGUUGUGUCUCCACCAUCCUUGCUAUGCAACAACAGGUAGCAUCUCUGCAAGCAGAGCUAGCUAUGUUGCAAACUCAAGUGAUGAAUAGUAAGUUUGCCUAUGCAAGUGCUCUUCAGACCACACAACUACAGCAACCAAAUAACAUGAAUGCAACAACACUACAACCAGCAUAUUCCAACAACUCAUGUGCUUCCACUAACCUUAUGAACUUGAGCAGCUUCAACAAUAACCCUGCUGCUUUUGACCUUGCAAUGGACACAACACCCUCAUCAAACACUUUAGAGCCUCUUCAACACACAAGGUUGUCCAAAUGUGAAGAAAAAGAUGAACAACAAAGUAGGACUCAACAAGCCUUCAACCACCAUUAAUUAUGAGUUGCACUUUUUGUUUCGUUUGUUAGUAGUGUUAUUCUCCCUGCUUCAU